AUGAGCGCGAAAAAGAGACCAAUAGGGUCAAGUUCAACCAAAUCAAAAAACAAAGUUCAAAAUAAGGUACCAAAUAAUAAAAUCGAUACGAUUGAAAAGAAAACAAGUAAUUUUGUUAAAGAGACAAAACAUGACAGGAAUGAUUCCGCUUCAACUAAAAAUUCACCAAAACAUAAAAAAAAAGUAGACAAAAAUUCAAAUAACAAUGGUAAAGAAGCAGAAUUAAACAAACAGACACAUAAACCCGCAUCAAAAAAACAAAAUUCACAAAAUCCAAGAUUUACAAAGUCGCCAUCGUCAACAAAUCCAGAUAAAUCUAAGGAUCAUGAGAUUUUAUUAGGGCAAAUUCAGAGUCUUGGAGGAUCAAUAGAGGAUUUAGAAUUAUGUGCAAGUUCAGAUAGCGACAACUUCAACGAUCAAUCCAGAUCCACAACUGGCAACGAUAAAAAUCUAAAGAAAGAAAUAGAAAACUUUGUGGAAUCAAUAGGACUUAAUGUUGAAAAAUUUCACGACGUGUCGGAUGAAUCCGAUGAAUCCGAUGAAUCGAAGGAAGAAACAAAAGAGAGCAUUAUUGAUAAUGACGAUCAAGAUGUAGGAGCAAAAGCUGUCACUACUGGUAAACCAAAGCAGCACAUAAAAGCUUUGCGUCAGUGGUAUGCCGUCGAACUUCCACCUCUUUCGAAUGAACCACCCCCCAAAAAACUUUCCGAUGAUCAAAUAGCUGCAAAAUUUGAAAAUGCCAAAGCCCUGUUAAAAACAGAAAACUCCCAAUAUGCUGCAAACCACCCAGGACACAGUCGUUCGGAUCGCACUUUUUACACUACGAUGAUUAAGUCGGGUACUAUGAAGGAUAAGCUUUCGACUUUGUCGGUUUUAGUAGAUGAAUCACCAAUUCAUUCGAUUCACGCUUUUGAGACAUUGUUGGGUAUGGCCAAUAAGAAAAGCAGGAAUGAGUCCGUUCAAGCGGUAGAAUACAUAAUGAACUUAAUGCUCGAGUCCGUUUUACCUAAUCGAAAAUUAAAAUACUUCCGGGAUCAACCGCUGAACGAUCCAAAAGUAACAGUUAGGCAUCUAAUAGUCUGGGCAUUCGAGGAUUUUAUUAAAAAUUAUUAUUAUCAAUUUAUCCGUGUGAUUGAAUUGUUGUCUCACGAUGUCUUAACGCAUGUAAGACAACGGAUGGUGACCAUUAUCUUCACGCUUUUUAAAGAGAAACCAGAGCAAGAACAAAACUUAUUAAAAUUAUUGGUCAAUAAGCUGGGUGAUAAAGAACGAAAAGUUGCAUCCAGAGCUUCCUAUUUAAUCAAUCAAAUAUUCUCGGUUCAUCCAUUCAUGAAAAUGCAUGUAAUAAGAGAAAUCGAACAAUUGAUUUUGUUUCCUAGCGCAAAUGAUCGUGCGCAAUAUUAUGGGGUCAUUUCAUUGAAUCAGAUAAUACUGACAAAUCGAGAUGUCGAAGUAGCUAAUAAGUUAAUUGAUAUUUAUUUUGUACUCUUUACUAAAUUAUUGAAAUCCAAGGAUGAUGAGAUAAAAAGGAAUAAAGAUAUGAUUAAAUCCAACAAAAAAAAGAAGAAUGAUGAGGAUAAGAUUGAAGAUACAGUAGAUUCGAAACUUGUGGCUGCCCUGUUGACUGGUGUCAAUAGGGCUUAUAAAUUUUCUCAAGUGAAUGAUAGCGUGUUCGAAGGUCAUUUAAACGUCCUCUAUCGAAUUACCCAUGUUGGAACGUUUAAUAUUAGUAUACAGGCGCUCAUGUUAAUUUACCAAGUAUCUCUGAAAAAAGAAUCGUUAUCUGAUCGUUUUUAUCGAGCUCUUUAUCAAUCAUUGCUUGAUCCGCGACUUGACAAAUCGUCAAAGCACGCAAUGUACUUGAAUCUCUUAUUCAAAGCCCUUAAAAAUGAUUCGGUAAUCGUGCGAAUCGAAGCUUUUAUUAAAAGAUUGAUCCAAGUUUGUGGACAUCAUUUGCCACCGUUUAUAUGUGGCGCGUUUUAUUUAAUUUCAGCACUUGUGCAAAAAUUUCCGUCUCUUUAUUACUUUAUCACCCAUCCUGAAGACCACGAUUCUCAGGAACGCUUUAUUGAUGUGCCCGAUGAGGAUGACCUACAGCAUAAUGUAGAUGAUUCGGGCGAUGAGGAUAAAAAAUCAGAUAACGACAAAUCUUUAUCUAAAGACGAAAAUUUGCGAAAAUACGAUGGUCGCAAAAGAGAUCCGCAAUAUAGUUAUGCAGACCAAACGUGUCUGUGGGAAUUGACCUUCUUCACCAAUCAUUUUCACCCGACGGUUGCUUUAUAUGCAAAGCAAUUGAUUGAAAAUAAAUCAAUUGAAAAUCAACCUGAGCUUCAUCAUCAUACAUUAUCGCAUUUCUUGGAUAGAUUUGUAUAUCGUAAUCCGAAGAAAAGUGAUCGCAUUAAAGGUGGUAAUGUUCUACUUCAACCAACGGUAGCUACAGAACCUGGAAUGGUGAUAAUGAAAAAGGGAACCGGAAUAUCACAAAAUGAAAUAAAUGUUAACUCUGAGGAAUUUUGGAAAAAGAGUUUGGUCGACGUUCCGGUGGAUCAGGCAUUUUUCCACAAAUAUUUCACGCAAAAACAUGCCAACGGCAAUGUACAAAAAGAGAAAAAAAACUCAGUCGAUGAUAUAGAUGAUUUUCUAGACCCAGAUCAGGAAAGUGAUGAAGAGUUAGAAAAAGAAAUAUGGGAAACAAUGAAAUCAACAAUGCCAAUUAAGUUGGAUUCCGAUCUUGAAGAUGACGACGAUAUUGAUGAUUUAGAGGAUGCUUACUUUUCAUCAGACGAUCAUAGUGAUGAUGACGUCGAGGAAGAUGAUAAUAAUGAAUUCAUGGAUGAUGGUUUCGAGAGUAACGAUUUUAUUGACGAUUCAACCAGUGACGAAAGUGAAAAUUCUGAUGGGAAAAUCCGCAAGAAAAUCAAGUUGAAACAUCUGCCAACUUUUGCGAGUUACGAAGAUGUGGCAUCAUUGAUCCACAAAAA